AUGUUCAAGGUGGAUGUGGGUGUGGGCAACCUGGAGGGCGGCGACCUGGCGCCGGUGCAGCCGGUGGUGGACACGGGAACGGCGCAUUCCAUGCUGCCGGAAUCGUUGAUGGCGCAGCUGAGGAUUGAGCCCCAGCAGCAGUUGGGUUUCAUCCUGGCCGACGGCAGCCGGGUCAAAUAUGGCUACGGCUUUGCCCGUUUCAGCAUCGGCGAUUACGAACGACCCUGCCAGGUCAUAUUCGGGCCGGAUGGGAACUACCUGCUGGGCGCGUCGACGCUGGAGGCGUUCAACCUGGUGGUGGACCCGGUUGGCGAGCAACUGCUGCCGGCGGAGUGGCUGUCGCUGGGGUGGGGCGGGUAG